UUUGGAACUACACUGACGAGCGUACACAGCCUACAGUUUUGAUAAAUAAAUAUACAUAAGUAUAUAUAUAUAUCAAGCUUUUCGAAAUUUAUAACCUCUUUGUAAAAGUUCGAAUACUAUGCGCAACAUGGUGAUCGCUUACGAGGUGGAAAACAAGACAAUACCAAAUUACAUGAAGUACGUGCUGGGCGGUACAGCGGGCAUGAUGGGCUCCUGCAUCGUACAGCCGCUCGAUUUGGUGAAGACCCGCAUGCAAAUAUCAGGGGCCAGUGGCAAAAAGGAGUUUAGCAGCUCGUUCGAUUGCAUCGCCAAGGUAUUCAAAUCCGAGGGCCUCUUGGCCUUCUACAAUGGCCUCAGUGCCGGCUUGCUGCGACAGGCCACGUAUACAACGGCCCGCAUGGGUGUCUAUCAGAUGGAGAUCGAAUCCUAUCGGAAGCAUUUCGACAAGGCGCCAACAGUGUUGGCCAGCAUGGCCAUGGGCAUAUUUGCGGGCGCCUGCGGCGCCAUGGUUGGCAAUCCGGCAGAGGUGUCCCUCAUACGGAUGAUGUCCGACAAUCGAUUGCCGCCAGAUCAGCGCCGAAAUUAUAAGAAUGUCGGCGAUGCAGUCGUCCGGAUAAUACGCGAGGAGGGUGUCUUUACGCUGUGGCGCGGCUGCAUGCCGACUGUGGCACGCGCCAUGGUCGUCAAUAUGGUCCAACUGGCCUCCUAUUCGCAGUUCAAGGCCGCAUUCAAAAAGCACAUGGACGAGGGUCUGCCGCUUCACAUUGUGGCCAGCAUGUGCUCCGGCCUGCUGACAACGAUUGCCUCCAUGCCGCUGGACAUGGCCAAGACGCGCAUACAGAACAUGAAGGUGGUCGAUGGCAAGGCCGAGUAUAAGGGCGCCAUCGAUGUCAUCCUAAAGGUGGUCAAGAAUGAGGGUUUCCUUGCCCUGUGGAAGGGCUUUACACCCUAUCUGGCACGCAUUGGGCCACACACGGUGUUCUCAUUUGUCUUCCUCGAGCAGCUCAACAAGGCCUACUACAAGUACGUGCUCGGCUCGGAGAGCUCUGGACCAGGUCUGUAGCCAGAAUGCGUUGGCUAAAUCAGCUUAAAGCCAGAAUAUGCAGAAUAUACACGCGCAGGCAGAAUAUGUCAAAUUGAAGCACUCGCGUAUAUAUAUAUUUAUAACUGCAUAAUCAGAGUUUGUUAUAGAUGGGUUAUUUCUAAAUCGCUUGAUUAUCUGUGUACCGUUCAAAAUUUACAUUAAAUG